AUGAAGGGAAAAGAGAAUCAAGUAAAGAAUAUUUGUGGUGCAGAGCUUGAGGAAUAUCUAGUAAUGUUUAGACCGUGGGUGCUUGCAUCACUACACAGCGGCGUGAUCCAGUUAUGGGACUACCGAAUGUGUGUUCUUCUUGAUAAAUUCGACGAACAUGAUGGUCCCGUGAGAGGUAUCUGCUUUCAUAUGGAUCAACCAAUCUUCGUUUCUGGAGGCGAUGACUAUAAAAUCAAGGUAUUUUCUCAAACAUUUUCUAAUGGUUAUGUUCAUGCGCAUGCUGUUAGGUGUGGAAUUACAAGCAGCGCCGCUGUAUAUUUACUCUGCUUGGUCAUCUCGAUUACAUCCGAUCUACCUUCUUCCAUAGCAAAUAUCCUUGGAUCAUCUCAUCAUCGGAUGAUCAGACUGUCCGCAUUUGGAACUGGCAGUCGCGAAAUUCGAUUGCAAUUCUUACUGGUGGGUCAUAAUCAUUAUGUUAUGUGCGCGCAAUUCCAUCCUACUGAUGAUCUCGUUGCUUCUGCCUCUCUUGACCAAACCGUUCGUAUAUGGGAUAUUUCGGAUUAUCUAGGAAAAAAACAAAUGCCUGGAGGUGGAAGCGUUGUUCCUAGAUCUGGAACUGGUCCACAAACGCAGGCUGAUCUUUUUGGCCAGCCUGAUGUGGUUGUUAAGCAUGUUCUCGAAGGUCAUGACAGA